AGUGUCCUACUAAUGGUGUAAAUCCACAAAGAAGAUUGGAAUGUGCGGAAUUUUUGUUGAAUAAUAACUCAUUAGAUCAUUUAAUGGCAAUUUCAUAGCGUGAUGUCGUUAUAUCAUCCCGAUAUUUUAAUUUUGCACAAGAUAUACCUAGAUCUGAAGUUCAUGGAAUAUAACAAGAGUUUAUAAACAUUAUGUCCUCAUUAACAUUGCAUCAUGCCGGGAAAAAGAGAAAAGUUGUAAAUGUAAUAUUGCUGGAUGGUACACAAUGUUUAAUAAAUGUAGAUGUCAAAUCAAAAUUUCAUGAUGUUUUUAAUCAGAUAGCCACUCAACUUAGUUUAAGAGAGACUGAAUAUUUCGGACUGUCACAGAAAAAAGAAGGAGAAUAUCACUUUCUUCCUUUAGAAGAAAAAAUUCACAAGUUUGCUCCAAAGAGCUGGAAAUCUGGAACCUCAGAGGGUUUAGAUACGGAUGGCCAGCCACUAGUUUCUCUCUACUUUCGUGUUCAGUUUUAUGUCGACCAGAUUGUCUUAUUGAGGGAGAAGGUGACUCGACACCUAUACUUUCUUCAGCUGAAAGACAACAUACACAAUUAUGGACAUGUUUCUACGGAGGAGAAAUGUUUCCAGCUGGUCUCAUAUGCCCUCCAAGCUGACAGUGGGAACUAUAUCAAAUCUAAACAUAGUGGCCAGUACUUUGAUCCCAGAGAAUAUUUUCCUGCAUGGAUCUGUAACAAGAGAGGGAAAGACUAUAUCUGUAAGAAUACUCCAUUGAUACACCAAGAUCUGCAUAACCUUAGCAAGUCUGAGGCAGAGUUCAAAUUUAUCAGAGAGGCAUCAAUAUCACCAGCUGCAUAUAACUUACAUUUUUAUCGAUUAAAGAAAAGAAAAACAGAUAAAAAUUGGAAUGCAUGGCUUGGAAUUUGUGCAAAAGGAAUAGAAAUAUAUGAGGAGGUAGAUGAAAGCCUGAAGAAUUUGAUAUCAACAUUCCUGUGGCCAGAUAUUGGAAAAUUAUUCUUUGAAAAAAAGAAAUUUGAGAUCCGAGCUGCUGGUGCACCUGAAGGGAGGAAAUUUGCUUAUUAUACAGACUGUGAUACCAAAUCAAAAUACUUAUUACAAUUAUGUAAACAAACACACAUGUUCCAGCUAGCAAUACAUCCUAAACUGAUGGAAAUAAGACAUUUGGAGGAACAAGAUAAAAAAAGAUACAGAGAAUUGUACAUUUAUAGUGACCCUAAAGACUUAAAGGCACAUGGAGGAUCGUUUAGGGGAAGUUUAUCACCUAGUACAAAAUCUGUAUUAAAUGUGAGAUAUUCAGUUGUCAGCAAUGCCAGUUCUAAUACAACAUCGGGCAUAGCCAGUGACAAAAUGACAAUCAGCUUUGAGGAUGAAGAACACAACAGGGAAAUAAUGAUAGAUUCACCACCAAUGUUUGGUAACCCUAGUCAAAACAAUGCAUUUUCUACAUUACCAAACUAUAUGCCCUCUUCAAAGAUGAAUAGAAGUCCUGGAGCUGAAUCUGGACCAAGAGAACUUUUCAAGUCUUCCUCUGUCGGUAGACCUGCAGGUGGAAAUCGACAGAUGAAUAGAUCGCCUGAUCGAAUAGCUAGUAUAUCUCAACAACAACACCAUGCUGUUUAUAGUGGAACUUUAUCAACAUCUUAUUCAGGCAAUUCUAUAGAGCGUGAUAUUUCUCCAAACAGCAGUGGACGAUAUCAAGGACAUUUUCCCGUACAUAAUGCCAUGCCUUUGCCAUUGUACAGCUCACAGCAAAUGAAUGUUCCAAUUUACAUGAAUCAUACUCCUUCGACCAGUCUACAUAAUGAGAGACUUUGCUUAUCUCAGCCAGUCAGUCGAAGCGCGAGUCGCGCAGACAGUUUUAAAAGUAACUUGACACAGUUACAGAUUCAUACAAGUGAUAAUCACAUAUCUCCGUAUUAUCAUUAUAACAAACAAAUGUAUCAGUUACCGGCAUAUAAUAAUUAUAAUACUUUUAAUGGACAGAUGCAGGCGGCACAGGCCUGUGAUCCGGCACUGACUAGUUCACAGAACAUUGAUCCACAGUAUUAUCAAUAUCAUGAACUGUCAGGUUCACAAAACAUUAACCAAUUUUACCAUAAUCCUGAUUUAUCGGGUUCCCAAAACAUGAACCAAUUUUAUCAUAAUAAUCAUGAUUUAUCAGGUUCACAAAACAUGAACCAAUUUUAUCCAAAUCAUGAUUUAUCGGGUUCACAAAACAUGAACCAAUUUUAUCAUCAUAGUCAUGAACAAGGAUAUGAAACAGACUUGUCAGGUUCACAAAACAUGAACCAUUUUUAUAGCCAGGAGAGUUUUACUGGUCAAAUUGUGGAAAAUCAAGGUGUGAUGUAUGUGUCUAACGAAAUGAUGAUUCCGGGGAUGACUUCUUACGUUAGUCAGAGUAACAUGUCAAAUUCCUCAUACACGGAAACAAAACGGACGUUACAGGAACAUGAAGUGUUAGCACCACCACCAAUGUUUGCAGAUAUGUCAGAGCAUUUAAAUGAUUCAAAACAUUCUUGUAAUAGUAAUACAUCAUUAAAUAAAUUACCAACAGAACCAUCAGAUAAUGAAGAGAAAAAGCCAACUCUGAGCACAUCUACGACAGAAUUAAACUCUGGUGAAACUCUGCAUCCUGAGCUAGAAACAAUAAAAGCUGAUACACAUGCGUUAUCCUUACCUCUCAUGUAUGGCCUGUGUAAUGACAAAUCUCUUUACAUGCCAAUAACACAACCAAUGGAUGGAAGUGUGGAGUCGUACGAAAAUUCAACGAUUCGAUCAACUGACUCUCGAAUAUCACGGAUAUCACAUGAUUUUGAUCCCCGUCGUCUCUCAGCUGUUUACCCCAGUGGACAAGGACCACCGAGUAUGUCACAGCGACCAUUCAGUUGGCACAGUGAAAACUUUGAUCUAGAUGCCCAAAUAACAGCCAUGAAUGGUCAGACAUUAGAAGAGAAUCAUCGAAGUGUUCCUCAAAAUCUCGGACAUUUACUAGCCUCGCCCUCAUGGACCAAUUCCAUUUCAUACAGUGACCAAUAUUCAUCAGAAUACUCUCAUAUAGUGCAACCACCGGCUAGGGGCAUUAAUUCUCAAAGUGGACUCCAAGAAACCAUUGGUAUUGCAUGAACAACUAACAUAUAAAAGGAAUGGUUUUCAAAUCAGCUUGGGCUGUCCUGAUUUGAGUGGCUUGCAGCAUUACCUAUAAGGUCAACUAAUAACUACUAUGCAAAUGGUAUGGUUGUAUGGUCUCAAAGAGAACAUGGUUGCAUGGCCUAAACGCGAACAUAUAGUUGCAUGAUUUAGAAAAGACCAUAUAGUUGUUUAGUCUCAAAGAGAGAACACAAAUUUAUGGGUCUCAAAGAAAUCAUGUGGUUGUAUGGUCUCAAAGACAACAUAUUUAAAAGAAAUUAAAUGAAUGAGUGCGUCUCCAAGAGACAUGUUUUUCCUAUUACUGCCAAAUUUUUGUUGUUGAAUAGGUGUUUCAGGUUUAGCAUUAGAAAAUAUAUUUUUCCACCAUUUUAGAUUAAAUUUAUAAAUAAAAUGCAAAAUAUUCAUAAUAGUUUACUGCAUAGUGCUUCUGUAAUUACAAAUACACAAGGUGAUAUAUUCUUCAUACAUGUAAAUGUGAACGUUUUCAUGUUUUAUUUGUCAUUUACGAACUGGGUAAACUUGGUGCAUUGAACAAUAAAUGCUCCCUUCACAUCAAUAUUAUAGAUCUGUGUAAACUAUUUGUGUAUGUAAUGUAUCGGCACAUUUUUAAUACCAAACAAUGGAAAUUAUCCCUGUACUUAAACUAGGGUAAAUGUCUUUGUAAAUGAGAUCAAUUUAUUAUGGCAACAACAAAAAAAGAAGAAAAAAGUCAUUGCUUUUACUUCAAAAUUGGAUAUUUUCUCUAUAAACAUAUUUAAAUAUUUCAAGAAAGUUAACAAAAAAAUGGAAAAAAUAAAUUGCCAUAACUGAGAUGUAGGGAGAGUUAAUUAAGUGAGUGGUUCCUAUUCUUCACCAUAUUCACUGUAAUAUAUAAUCUCCAAAUAGAGCAAGAAUCGAACCUUGUAUUGUAUUGAUAAAUAUUUUGUUUAUUACUCAGUGCCAAGUACGGAAUACACUAAGUACUACAUUUUUGUACAGUAAUUAUGGAAAUGUUUUAUACUGACAACAGUAUAUUAGCUAGUCAAUGGUAGCUGGUUGAAAAUUAUAUCUUUUUUCAUUCAAAAUAUUCAGAUAAUUAUAUUUGCAUAACUUUCUAUGGGGUUGAAAGUACAAAGAAAAAGAGUUGGUUUUUUUUCUUCAUGUUAGAGGGGUUAGACAUAUAUUUUUGUUAUUUUUCUGGCAUCUGCUGCAUAAGCAUGCAUAUACAUGCAUGUAAUUUUUUCAAGUAAAAUAUGAUUUUUGCUUCCUGUCCUACUCUUACUGUAGGGUCUUUUUAAAAUAUUCCUUAAACAUGUGCACUCAAAUGUAUAUUGUUUUUGUUAUUUCCUUUUUUUCUAGCACAAACAUGUAUCUUUUUCUCAACAGUUAUACAACCCCAAUUGAAAUUCUUGAUUAUUAUUUUUGUAUUGCAUAACAUAGAUCCAGUAUAUUUAGCUGGAUAUGAUGAACACAUUUUAUUUAUACAUAAAUUGAUAUGCAUUUGUAGAUAGAAAUAUAUUUAACUUUGUUAUCUUUUUAUUUAGUUAUCCCAGAAUAUUGACUAUUGUGAUACUUUUAUAUUCCAUUUUAAAUAACAGAUGUUCAAUUUUUUUUUAAUCAUAACUUGUACAUUUUAUCACAUCAUACAAGUACUAUUAAUAUUUCAUAAGAAACGAAUAUUGAAGCAUUAUCAAUUAAUGAAUAGUAUUUUGACUAGAAAAUUAGAAUUAUGCAACUAAAUGCAUUCUGACCAUGGCCAAUUUUUCCGGAGGUUAUUUUUAACACCUUUUAAAAAGAAAAAAAAACUUUGGUCUCACUAUGGAAAUGAACAAACUAUUUAAAAAAUAUUGGCCUUUCUAUGCAGAUUUCAAUAUACCAAAAUUAUUUUUCAUCCUAAAAAUAAGUUGAUACCUUCUAUUAAAUAUUGUUUACAGUAAAUUGUUUUGGACAUGCUUUACAAGAAAUGUAGGAGGUAACAUUAUAAUGAUUUGAUACAUGGGUAUUUUGGCCCUCUUCAAUAUGCAUUUAUUUCUUAACCUUUCAUAAAAGAUAUAAUUCAUAGUUGGGCAUUGUAAUAUUUGAAUUGUAAGUUGACAAAAGAUCUUUCCAUUUUGUAUAGUAUACAUAACACACAAGAUGAUUUAGUGAGUUAAAUAUCAAUUUUUGGUGUGUGUGAAAUGAUGCUUGGAUCAUUCAGAGAGAAAAUGCAAUUGUAAUGUUCAUUAUCAAUGUAUUUGACCCAAGGUUUGCUGUUAUGUAGGUAAAAUGUAAGAUUGAUAUUUAACUUACAUCGUUUUAUCUGUUAUGUAGGUCAAUUGUAAGACUGAUAUUUAACCUAAAUCACCUUGUCCGUAAUGUAGGUCAAUUGUACAGUUAUACACAUAUCGUUUAUUGGUUGGUUGUAUCAAUACUAUAUUUAGGCAUAUCAUUGAGAUAUUUAUAGCCUAGUGCAAUAAUUAUGUAAAUAUUCAGAGUUGCUCAGGGUUGAUCCUAGUGAUAAUGGUGCCUGUAUGUGUUUUAGUAAUUCACUUCCUGGUUGGUGUAGUAGUAAUGUGUAUAUCAAUGUUUUUAAGGUACCUCAGAACAUUUCUUGCAUACAUUUUGGCCAAUAAAGUGUGUGUUAAAUAUUUACUAUGAUAUUAGAACCUAAUUUGUUAAAACAUAAUAUUAUCUUUAUUUGACAGUGAACAAAACAGAAAAAAAAACUUCUGACCUUAUAAUAUUAUGAAGAAACCCUAGACACUGAUUGUUCUCUUCUAAAUACAUAAAAUAUCUUUUAUUUAAUCUCAUGUUUUUUUAAGGCCUAGCCUGAUAAUUAAAUAUUUUUUGUCCAAUGAUUUCCAAUUUUGUAAGUGAUAUAUUUGAUUACCCAUAAUUGCCACUAGAAAUAAGAAUAAUG